CAAAUACAAACGCGUGGGGCAAGCUGCGAGGGUAAGAUGGUGUUCCACUCGUAGAUACUUUUUCAAUCUAAAGCAAUCGUCUCUAAUUGCAGCUUUUUUACUUCAAUUUUUAUUACAAAAUGAAUGCACCGCAAGCCAUUGCAUUUGAUGAAUUUGGUAGACCAUUCAUUAUCCUUAAAGAGCAAGAAAAAAAGAGACGUUUGACCGGCCUUGAUGCACAAAAGUCUCAUAUUCUUGCGGCAAAAACAGUUGCCAACACUUUAAAAACGUCGUUGGGACCAAAUGGCAUGGAUAAGAUGCUUGUUAGCAGUGAUGGUGAUGUGACCAUUACUAAUGAUGGUGCAACAAUUCUCAGCCAAAUGGAAGUUGAACAUCAGAUUGCUAAAUUGAUGGUACAGUUAUCUAAAUCACAGGAUGAUGAAAUUGGGGAUGGAACUACAGGAGUGGUUGUUUUAGCUGGUGCACUUCUUGAGCAAGCUGAACAACUACUUGAUCGUGGUAUACAUCCUAUCAGAAUUGCUGAUGGCUAUGAAUUGGCUGCACAGAUUGCUUCUGAAGAGCUUGAUAAGAUUAGCGAGAGUUUUCUCAUUGAAAAAGAUUCAAAAGAUUUGUUGAUAGAGACAGCAAAGACAACAUUAGGAUCAAAAAUAGUGAGUCGUUGUCAACAGCAGAUGGCUGAAAUAGCAGUUGAAGCUGUGUUGUCUGUAGCCGAUCUUGAAAGAAAAGAUGUUGAUUUUGAAUUGAUUAAAGUUACUGGAAAAGUCGGUGGAAAACUAGAUGAUACAAUGCUAGUCAAAGGAGUACUUGUUGAUAAAGAUAUGAGUCAUCCUCAAAUGCCAAAGGUUAUAAAAGAUGCAAAAAUUGCAAUAUUAACAUGUCCAUUUGAGCCUCCAAAGCCAAAGACAAAGCACAAACUUGACGUGACGUCAGUUGAAGAUUACCAUAAACUGCGUGAAUAUGAAAAGAAAACAUUUAGUGAAAUGAUCAAACAAAUUAAAGAUACGGGAGCUAACAUUGCCCUUUGUCAGUGGGGAUUUGAUGAUGAAGCAAAUCAUCUCUUACUGCAAAAUGAGUUACCGGCAGUGAGAUGGGUUGGUGGUCCAGAAAUAGAGUUAAUAGCUAUAGCAACGGGUGGAAGAAUCGUUCCUCGAUUCUCUGAGUUGACAACAGAGAAGUUAGGAAAUGCAGGUAUUGUUAGAGAACUGUCGUUUGGAACAACCAAAGAUCACAUGUUGGUUAUUGAGGAAUGCAAGAAUACUCGAGCUGUUACGAUUUUUAUCAGAGGUGGAAAUAAAAUGAUAAUCGAGGAAGCCAAGCGAAGUAUCCAUGAUGCUUUGUGUGUUGUUCGAAAUCUUGUUCGUGACAAUCGUAUUGUUUAUGGUGGUGGUGCUGCUGAGUUAGCUUGCUCCUUGAAAGUUGGCGAACGUGCUGAUAAGAUUUCCACACUGGAACAAUAUGCAAUGAGAUCAUUUAGUGAGGCUUUGGAAGCUAUACCUUUAUCGUUAGCUGAAAAUUCUGGUUACAAUCCAAUUCAAACUGUUGCCGACAUAAAAUCUCGUCAAGUGAGUGAGAAUAAUCCAAGACUUGGCAUGGAUUGUAUGAGCACUGGCUCAAACGAUAUGCGAGAACAACAUGUGAUUGAAACUCUAAUUGGCAAGAAGCAGCAAAUUAGUCUGGCUACUCAAUUGGUUAAAAUGAUAUUGAAAAUUGACGAUGUUAGAGCUCACGAGUCCUAACAUAAUUUAUACAUCGACUGGUUGUCUAAUAUUAAAAUAUAGUUUAUUGUAAGAUUUAGUACGAUGUCCAUUUAUCAAGGUUCUUUAUUUAUCAUUUGUGGGACACGAUCAUUGUUCCUGAAAAUAUCCAAUUUUAAAUAAACACAUCUGACACAGAGAUAAAACGCUCAAAA